CAAAAAAUAUAAAUUUCGACCGUGACAUUUCAUUUUCGUUGCUUGUUUUUUCGUUGUUGUCAUCGACUUUUUUCCAAUUUUUCGUUUACUUUCUUUUGGGUUUUUUUUCUUCGUGAAAAUAUUCAGAAUUCCCAAAACCGAAAAUGUUUCAUUACGAAACUUUGAUUGAAACACCACCUUGUUCAACGGAUUUGUCAUCAUCACCAUUACGUUGUAAUAAUGAUGAUAAUAAUCAAACUCGAUUGGAUUUUACCUAUCUACAGGAAUUACUUUUAUCACAAAAACAACAAAAUCAGCAACAAGCAUCAAAUAAUGAUAAAAUCAUUACAAAAUCAUCAACAUUAUUAUCAAAUCGACAUGAAUUUGAUAUAAAAUAUUUAAAUAUUAUAGAUUUUUAUCGUAAUAAAACAAUAUUAAUAACCGGUGCAACCGGUUUUAUUGGUAAAGUUUUAUUGGAAAAAUUUCUUCGUAUUGGUGUUUUGGAUCGUAUCUAUGUAUUAUUACGUUCAAAACAUAAUAAAACACCAUAUGAACGACUGCAAGAAUUAUUGAAUCAAUCACCUUGUUUUCAAUUUAAUCGUCAACAAUUAAAUUUUGAUAAAGUUUUUGCUAUUGAUGGUGAUAUUACACAAAAAGAUUUAGGUUUAUCAUUUGAAGAUCAUCGACUAUUGAUACAACAAGUUAAUAUUGUUAUACAUUCAGCUGCAUCUGUACAAUUUAAAGGAAAUUUACGUAUAUUUAUUGAACAAAAUGUUUUUGGUACUGAUAAUAUAAUGCGUUUAUGUACUGAAAUGAUUAAUUUAAAGUCUGUGGUUUAUGUAUCGACUGCAUAUUCAAAUUGUAAUCUAUCGAUGAUUGAAGAAAAAAUUUAUCCAAUAAAUUAUACAAUACCAUAUGCAUAUGUUAAUGAUAAUAUUGAUGAAUUUAUUGAUGAUAUUAUGUGGAAAUAUGGUAAUAUUUGGCCAAAAUCUGGACAUCAAGCAUUAUGGGGUCGUCCAAAUUGUUAUACAUUUUCCAAAGCAUUAGCUGAAUUAUUAUUAGUAAAAAAAUAUGGUAAUAAAUUACCAUAUGUUAUAUGUCGUCCAUCAAUUGUAACACAUUCAGUAGCGGAACCAACAUUUGGUUGGUGUGAUACUAAAAAUGGUGUUAGUGGUGCUAUGAUUCUUGGUGGUUUAGGUAUUGCACGUACAAUGAUCUUGAAUGGUAAAUGUAAUGCUGAUGUAAUACCUGUUGAUUAUGUUGUCAAUGGUUUAAUAGUAGUAGCUGCACAUACAGCUAUUGUACCUGUUGAACAACGUAAACAAGUUGUUCAUCUAACAUCAGGUGAACGUAAUCCAAUAACAUGGGGUGAAUUAUUAAAUCGUUCACGUGAAUGUGUUGCAACUAAACCAUUUUUGAAACAAAUACGACCAUUAGCAAAAAAACCUGAAACAAUCAAUACAUAUUAUGGCCGAUUAUCACAUCAAAUGACAAAAAUAUUUUCACAUUAUUGUUUUGCAUUAGUAGCUGAUGGUCUGGCAAUGAUUACUGGUAAUAAACCAUUUUUAUUAAAUAUUACUAAACGUAUGCAUUUGGGUUUUGAUACAUUGGAACCAUUUACAAAUAAUGAAUGGCAAUUUCGUUCACAAAAUUAUUUGGAUAUUUUCUAUCAAUUAUCACCACAUGAACAAGAAAUAUUUCGUUCAGAUAUUGGUCAAAUUGAUUGGAUGAAAUAUGUUGAUAAUGCAACAUUAGGUACAAGACGUUAUCUACUGAAAGAAGAUGAUUCAACUAUUGAUCAAGCUAUACAACGACAAAAAUUUAUUAAUUGGGCAUAUGGUUCAGGUGAAGCAUUAGCUUAUUUAGGUAUUUUUGGUACAAUUUGGUGGCAAAUAUUUUCUGAACAUAUUGAACAAAUGUAAUGAUGAUGAUUGAUGCAACAUUUCUUUUCUUUUUCUCAUCAAAUUUGACCUAUUUCUUCUUUUUCUACCUGACUAUUUUGUAAAUCAAAAAUCAAAUCGAUCGAUAUAA